ACUACAUAGUUCGUCCUCUUUGACGUUGGUCGCCUUGCCGUGGCGAAGGGGCUUAAGUAAGAGUAAAGUGUGCAUCCCAAAGGAAACGCACUCUAAUCUUACGAACUAAGAGGGACACUUCAUAAUUUCCCACAAUAGUGAUAUGGAUGAAUAAACCCUAGGUUUUACGCCCAUCUCCUAUUGUGGAAUUGUGAGGAUACCCGAACCAACACCACCCUAAGCCAAGGUGUCGAGGUACCCGUGCCAAGGGCUGAAUGGUCAGCGGGGGGUAAUAAAUAGCUGAUCGCGAACGGUCCCCUCCGAUGCCCGGGCGAGGUCGGAGGUAUAAAUCGCCUUCUCUCCGUAUACCGGCUCUGCGGACGAGUGACCAACCCUUUCCGGCUUACUCGUGGGACCAAAACAUGAACGUAAACAACAAUAAAACAACAACAACCAUGACGACGACAACAGCGACGACCACGGACAUGAGUUACAGGAAUCCUAUAACGGAAUCCGAAGAGGACGAACUGCUUGCCUCCAGCCAGGAGACAAGUAAGAGUACUACCGGUCGUACCAACCAAAGUACACCGGUAGAUACAGCAGACAAAAUAUCAAAUUUACCAACUACCUCCAAGGCUGCUAUGAGCACCAACCAAAGUGCACUGACGGCUAAAGGAGACAGCAAAAAAAAACGCAAAACAUCCCAGAAUCAGCUGAGGAAAAACCGGUACCAGAGGGCGGUCUUCAUACUAGGGAAGAUAGCCAAAGACCAGGCGGCCGGUACCCCAGUUGAUGAGGCUGAAACGAAGCGCCUCAAAUCUAUCGUAGAGGAAUAUGAAAGCUACCUGAAAAGGAAGCAAUCACAACCUCAAGAACAGAGCAAAAAAGAGAGCACUUCUCAGAAGAGAAAUCGCUCCACAACAGAAGUACCCGGAGCUCAGCCCAAAAAACCGAGGAGGAGCGAAGGAGAACACAGCAGCACAACAACGGCAAGGUAUUUCUGCGAUGUAGCCAGAGAUAGCCUGCAGGUGGCCAUUAUAGAUGGGAAAUCCUCCUCUCCGAGCACUAUACAGGAGAGAUGGGUGGAGAUCGACGUCAGAUUGUCGAGUAUGGUGCUAAGCUAUGUACUCGACAAUCCGGCGGGUCCUCACCCGGAGUUUGACUCCUCUGAGACCCUCAGGGGCUACAGGGUCAUCAAAAGAGAUCUGAGGUGCAUUAAGCUGCAGAACAAAUCUAUACCUGGUAUAGAUGAGUGGCAGCUUAUCAAGGAGGAAAAACCAAAUAAAGCAAGCAAGCCAAUACUAGUGACUAUUUGCGAGGAGUCCAUUGAGGCUCUGAAGAAGACUGACAACAAAGUCAGCUUCGGAAUACGCAAGGCCAGAUUAAAAAUCUUCCAAGGCGACAAAGCGGCUGACGAAGACGACACGGAAGAGGUCGACGUCGCCAGCCAGUUGCUAAGGAAUGCGGGCAUUGAAGAACCCCGGGAUGCCCAAUAACAACAGCAUAAGGUGCGUACAGAUUAACCUGCAGCACUCGAAGAGUGCUACAGCGAAUCUGACAACCCUCGUGAACGAGGGGGGCAUCGACAUCAGCCUAAUACAGGAGCCCUGGGUCAAUGAAGAUUCCAUAAAAGGGCUAAACAGCAGCAAUUACAACCUGUUUUACACGCGGAACAGAGGUAAACCUAGGGCAUGCAUUCUUAUCAAUAAAAGUAUAAAUGCAUUUCUUUGUCCUAAUUACAGCACAGCAGAUAUCACAGUGGUGAAGGUGAAACAGAAGGAAAAGCCCUUUUUCUUGGUCUCGGCCUACUUGGCCCAUGACGAAGACAUACCACCGGCCCCGCUCACCAGGCUAGUAGAGGAGAACAAGAAGGAUGAUGUCCUAAUAGGGUGUGAUGCAAAUGCAAGGCACACUGUAUGGGGUAGCUCCAGUAUAAACACCAGAGAUAAACAUGGAUGCAGAGAUGCCACUCGCUCCGACGCCAACCAUCCGUUCGACUAUCUAUGUGCCACGCGAAGUGGCAGCCCCAGUGGCGGCAGCUCCAGUUGCGGCUGGCCCAGUUGCAACUCCCCGAAUCACCACAUCAACGGGUCCAAGAGCACUGCCGUCAACGCCCAUAUCAGCAGCAGAGCCGCAGCGCAUCAAGUGCCCAAUAUGUCGUCGACCGCACCGGUUGACGCACUGCGCCAUUUUUAAAGGAUUUGCACCACAGCAAAGGCUGCGCGUCGUCCAGGCACACGGCCACUGCCUUAAUUGUCUGGCACCUAUCCACACUACCUAGGAGUGUACUUCGAGAAACAUGUGCCAGAUAUGUAUGUGGCCUCAUCAUACCAUGCUGCACCAAACCACCAACAACAUUCUGAUGGCCACCACCGUGGCACAGUACGACGACCGUCAAUAAGCCGUAUGCACGAUCCUGUCGACAGCCAACCACAUCAUCAUCCCGUAUCCAGCGGCCACAGAAUGGGACGUCGACACGACUCCAGCAACAAAGGCCCCGUUCGCGCCGCACCUCAGGCCUAAGCACCGUUGUAGCCACGCUCCAACAAUUGCAACGACUUCUAGGCUGAAAUAUUCGCCUAGGGGGGCCGGGAUGGCUAAAUGAGACUCAGUCUCUUGUCCCACGCAACAUAUAAUCAACACCGAACAGCAAUAAUCCCGCAUCCAGAACACUCUACACUCACCGCAUUAAAAUAUACGUCACUAACACGCUUCAUUCACCACACUCAUUUCUACAUCACCUACAAUCCACAUCACACAUAACUACAAUACCAUUGCAUUUUCACCACAACCAAAAGGGAACUCGUGCUGUUCACACCGAGUGCCAACUAUCAAUAUUGUGCGAACAUCCAUUUUCUAAUUUGAUUUGUACAUAAAAUUCUUCAUAGUAAAAAUACAUUUUGUGAAAUUUUUG